AUGUCCUAUAUCAAGGAAGCUGAUAUAUUACAAGCUGAUGAAGGAGACGACUUUGAGUUAGAAUCUGGAGGUUCAGGACCGGGAUCUGAAGGUGAAUCUGAACAUUUGAGUAUUCAGAGUGUAAACUUUUUUUCCGUUUUUGACAGUGACGACGAUGUACCAUUUUUAGAGCUUCGCCCGUCUAGACAAAGAAUUUGGUAUUUCUUUGAUAAAAGGCCACUUAAACUCCAGAAGGCAGAACCAAAAACUUCGAAGGGACCUAUGCAAUAG